GUGCUGUCGAAGCUAAGCUCCGAAGCUUGGACAGUCUUUUUCCAUUUCAGUUUCGUUACCAUGGUACAGAGACGCUAACCAAUGUUAUACUACACCCGCGCACACAAUACAAAUACUUCCCGCGAAUUGUUUUCUGUUUUAAAAGCAAGUUAGAAGAAGAGAGAAAUAACAUCAGAAAUGUCGCUCUCUCUUUCUAAACCCUCUUUGUCUUGUAGGAAGGAUAGCAAAAGGAGGGAUGGUUGUCACGUAAGGGGCUCCAUUCGUGGGGACGGCACUGUCGUAUGCUUCGAAAAGGCCGAUUAAUACGCAUACGCGUUUCAAAGGAAAAGGUAAAAAAGAAAUAGAAAGAUACUUUGUGAUUGAGAAAAAAAAAUUCUGAAAAAUAAAUAAAAAACAAGAUGAUGAUCAUAAUAAAUCAGGUUUUUCUUCGUGAAAUUUGUUAUGUGUCGUUUAACUUGCCGUAAAAAGAUCGGUGACGGACAAUGGCGUAGAGACAAUUCUCGUGUUUUGUGCUAUCAGCUGAUGGACUUGAUGGACCCUUGUAUACUUAUCAAAACAGAAGACAUCAUAGCAGUAAAUCCCGUCUCUUGUUGCAAAAUGUCAUGUUACGAUGCGUGAUAUUGUGUGCAUUAUAAUAAACUAACUCGAAGCUGAAAGUUUUUUUCCGACUUAACAUCGACUCCAUUAUUCACUGUCAUUGAGCAUAGUGUUUUCAUCUGAUUAACUUAUUUUACGAGUUUGGUGCAAAAAAAUUUAAAUAUAUAUACUUUAUUCGAUUUUGUAUGUGAGACGCACUUUGACGUAUAUGAUCAUAUCAUGUUAUAUUUUGACGUAUAAAAUUAGCUAUUUGCUAUUGUAUUAACAACAAAAUGAAAUAUGUUAAUGUUAUUAAUCCGAAUUUUAUUCUUAUUGGAUGAAAUAUAUUUUAAUAUAUUAUUUUUUUGUGUUUUUACAAAAUUUAAUAAUUAAUACAUUUUAACUUGAGAUCUUUAUUAAAUUUUUAAUAAUGGGGGCAGCUGUAAGCAGUGGACAAAACAAUGAUGAAUUAGUUAAUAAUUUAAUGAAAUCUGGAUAUAUAAGAACAAGAAAAGUAGAACAAGUUUUUAGAGCUGUUGAUAGAGCAGAUUAUGUUUUACCAUCUCACAGAGAUAGAGCUUAUAAUGAUCUUGCCUGGAAACAUGGCAACAUUCAUUUAUCCGCACCAUGCAUAUAUAGUGAGGUGAUGGAAAGUCUUUCAUUGGAACCAGGAUUGAGCUUUUUAAAUCUUGGGUCUGGAACUGGUUAUCUCAGUACAAUGGCAGGACUCAUAUUGAACCAACAUGGAACAAAUCAUGGCAUUGAGUUGCAUGAAGAUUGUUUAGAAUAUGCGUACGAGCGACUCGAAGAAUUUAAACAGAAGUCAUUAGCACUGGAUGAAUUUGACUUUUGUGAACCAGUUUUUAUACAAGGGAAUUGUCUGAAUGUUGCACCUGGUAGACAAUAUGACAGAGUAUAUUGUGGUGCAGCAUGUCCUGAAAAUUAUGAAGGAUUUAUUAAACAAUUUGUAUGUAUUGGAGGUAUUCUCGUGAUGCCAUUCAAAGAUCAUUUGCUACGUGUACUUAGAAUAGACGAGGAUACUUGGUUACACUUUAAAAUGCUUCCUGUAUCAUUUGCAACGUUGGUUGUACCUACUACAACCGAGCAAACUUUAUUUCAUUUACCUGAAUGUGUGCCGUUAUCUUUACAAGAACUAUGCAGAGGUAAAAUUAGACGUUGUUUGCGAUUAAAUGUAUGGAAAGAGCACGAGGAUCUGGAAACGGAAAAAGUAAUACUAUUGGAACAACGAAGAUUUAAUUCUCCCCAGCAAACAUUAACAAGAUUUGUAAUUCCUGUGUUGGGAGAAUCCGAUGGAUCUGUGUCGGAUGAAUCAGCGUCCGACGAAGAUGACGAAUUUACAAGAAGGGUGUGCGUAUUGCUUAGCGUAGAUGCUGAUCCUAGAGAUUUGUAUACAACUUCUCAAGUACGGGCUGUCGUAUUGUGCAAUAUGAACGAGAAUCAAAAUUGGCAAGUAGUGAACAACAACGGUAACGUUGAUUGGUACAAUCAGAAUUCUGAAAAUUCUGCGAACAGUAACAAAUCUGUUUCACGGACAGAAGAGGGUAACGACGAGCAAACUACUUCGAAUUCGACGGAAGAAAAAUCUCAAAAUAAAUCUGAACUGCAAAAUUUUACCAACGUGAGCGAGACUUAUUUGAAUUUACUCAAGCAUACCGAAACGUUGUUAAAUAUAAGCGAAAGUGAUAGCGAAACGGAACAGGAUGAGACUCUUCCUGUUCAGCGUAAAAAAAUGGCGAAACGAGAGAAAACGGAUAGCGGUAUCGUAGAGGAUGUAAAUUUGAGCAACGAGGACAGUAGCCCUAGAUCGAACACCAGUCAAUCGGAUUCAAAACCUGUUGAAUCUCCGGAUACCACGAACGCAAUGGACGUGGAUCCGUCCGACGUUUCCCGUGAUCAAGAAGUAAUAAUCGCUCGUUAUGUGAAUAGCAAUGCCUUUUCUACUUAUAUGAAAGAGAAAAUACAAGAGUUACCAUUGCCUUUUUCAUCAAAAUUGUACCUAAAUUAUAAUCGUAAGCUGUAAUAUAAGUAAAUUACAUACGCGAGUCAUAAUACUCUAAUUUAAAUAAAUAAAUGAAUAAAUAAAAUAUAUGUAUAUUUACACGCGCGUGCGUGCACGCAUACAAACUUAAUAUUAUGUAAUAAUUUACAUGCAAUAAUUACUGACGUUAUUUUAUUUUA